CUGGUGUGGAUGCUUUGCCCCAAAGUUUGGUGUCAUCGGCGAACUUGGCCAGUCCGCUUCUGACUCCAGUGUCCACAUCAUUAAUGAAGAUGUUGAACAGUAUGGGUCCAAGGACAGAGCCUUGGGGGACCCCACUGGUCACAGGACACCACGAUGAGUGAAUGGAUGUGUCUGGGUUGGUUAGGACAGGGUGAUCCUGCCCCACUAGGUGCCAGCCCCCCUGCCCUGGGAUUAUAUGACAACCUCCCUGGAGAGAAGUGAAGCAUGGGUUGGAGACAUCUCACCCUUCCCAGCCUGCCUCAUGUGAACAAAGCAGCUCUUGCAGGCCUGGGAGUAGAGGAGCAGGCCUCGGCUGCGUUGGAUCCCAGCUCUCUUAUGUCUGCUUUGUCUCUGCCAGCGCAUCAUGGCAGGACGGGGCGGCAGAGGGAGGGGGCGGGGCCAGAUGACCUUCAACGUCGAAGCUGUGGGCAUCGGGAAGGGAGAAUCGCUGCCUCCCUCGACCCUCCAGCCAUCACCGCUCUUCCCGCCCAUGGAGUACAGGCCAGUGCCUCUGCAGACAGGUGAGGAGGUGGAGUACAUGCUGGCAUUAAAGCAAGAGCUGAGAGGAGCCAUGAAGAACCUGCCAUAUUUUGUUAAGCCGGCUGCCCCCAAGAAAGACAUUGAGCGCUACUCGGAUAAGUACCAGACAUCCGGCCCCAUCGAUAACGCUAUUGACUGGAACCCAGACUGGAGGCAGCUGCCCCAGGAGCUAAAGAUCCGUGUCAGAAAGCUCCGAAAAGGCAGAACCACCAUCCUGAUCCCCAAAGGCAAACAACGGGUUUCAGUGGACAAGGAGGAAACCAUCAAGAAACUUGAGACCUUGGAGAAGAAGGAAGAGGAAGUAACAUCAGAAGAAGAGGAGGAGAAAGAGGAAGGGGAGGAGGGGAAGGAGGAGGAGGAAGAAGAGUAUGACGAGGAGGAGCAUGAAGAGGAGACAGAUUAUAUUAUGUCCUACUUUGACAAUGGGGAGGACUUCGGAGCUGACAGUGACGACAACCUGGACGAGGCGACGUACUGAGAGGACCCAGGAUGCUCAGCUGCACGUGUGGCACAGAGCACUUGACUGCCUGGAGACAUGGUCACCAGCCUUUUCCCACCCCGCCAGGGCUUGAGACACCUGCCUGGACCUACAGCCUGUGCUGCGAUGGUGCAAAGGGAUGGGACCACCUCGGGGCUCACAAAGACCAUGCCCUUCUUUCCCCUCCCAACCCCCACCCUUUCUCUUGCUGCAGUGGGAUCCUGGGUUCGAAGCAGCAGCUGUAACAGAGCCUCACACUUCCUGCCUACACGUCUUUGAAAGGAUGGGCAGGGGGCACUGUUGAAAUAGCAGAACCGGGUGCAUGGUGACCCUUUGGAGGACAAUAUAUGUUUCGCCUCUAGGUGACACUAUUGAUCCAUUUUUCCAGCAAGUGCUGGGCUGGGAAGCUGAGCAGAGUAGAGGCGAUGGAUAGAGAAACCAUCUGGUGGCAAAAUAACCAGCACGUUGGCGUGACAACCUGUUUGCCACCACCCUGGUCCAGCCAAGUUAUAGAUCCUGACCAGCCUCCUGGGAUGUGCAUUUUCAUCUUGUCAGCCUCAAGAGGGACUGUAACCAGCUCUGAGAUGUAGCCAGGGGCAGAAGAAGCUCCCUUCCCAUCCCAUCUCUUUAUUCUGUGCUGCAGCACUUUGCACCAGUGCAAACAGCGAUGUAUGGCCAUACACGCAGUUACUGAGUGAGUAGUGUCUUGUACUAGGUGUUAAGAGCUGCAUAAGCUGCAUGGGGAAUGCAGCUCCAGAGAGGGGUGUUUAAAGUAUGAGGUUUAUUCUACUUCAGACCCCAGAUGGUGCCUGGCCUCCUCUCACCCCAGGCGCAUCACCAUCUGACUUAGAGAAAUGAUACUGUCACAUGCUUCCAAAGGCCAUCUUUGGAUGGGAUCUCUCGUGCUUCUCAGCCCUGGGCUUUGGACCAAACUGCAUCUUGUUUGUAAAGUUUUAACAUUCUUGGUUUUUACUGUCACUAAAACAUUUUAAUGCUGAGGGUAGAAACAGAAGGAUCCUCCCACCCCCCCUUAAUAAUCUGUUCACUGUUGGAGGAUGAUUGCUCUAAUAUACACACCUCACCUGGUCACUGUGGGCUGGGCCCAGUUGGGUGAGGGGGUGUCUUGGAACAGGAGUAGUGGGUGCCCCCCCCCAGAAUUGUGUGUGUGCUGGGUUUGGCUAUGGGGAUGUGUGUGUGUCUGUGUGCACACGUUUUGGGGCAGUGUAUCUGAAAUUCUAAGGUUGUUACGCUUGUAUGCAGCAAGAACAUGGUGUGUUUUUAUAUUGUGUGUUGCCUGUAGUGCUGUGUUGUCUGAGUGGGGAGUGUGUUUGUAGAAUAGCUGCUGCUUUUAUCUGUUCGUGGUUGUGCGUGCAAGUUGCAUAAGUUGUGUGUAGAUUGGUUGCAUACGUUGAAUCUCUGGGCACGUCUACCGGAGAUGCUUACUGCGCAUUAGUCUAACAACACUGUGCAGUAGUGUGGCUGUUAAAAACCAUGGCAAUAGCUUACUGCACAGUGUUUUUAGGCCAGCAUGCAGUAGGUGUCACAAAAUAACCACCCGCCGGCUCUAUAGCCCAGUUACUCUAGUUACUGCUCAUUAGUUAGUACUUUAUUAAGCAAGUGCUAAACUAAAUGUGCCAUAUCUAAGGCUCAUUAAUGAACGUGGAGACAUGCCCUCUGGUACGUAUUUGUAGGCUACACGCUUCGAAUGUCCAUGUGGCGUUGUUUUGUGUUUGGGUAUGUGCUUGUGAAUUGUGCAGGGAUGUUGGUUGUGUGGAUGUGUGUUGUGCAUAGCAGCGUGGGUGUGCAUGUGCAGUAUGCUUGCCUUUCAGAACACGUGCAGGUGUGUGUGUACUCCAGGGCUAGGCUGAAAUCCGACAAACCACCAGCUCUCUUGUUCUUUCCAUUCUGUGGGUUCUUAAAAACCUAAUAGGCGAUGCUUGCUUGCUUGCUGUGCAUCUGUGAUUUUGCAGAGAGACAAGACUUCCAAUAUGCCUAGUCCUGAAGAGCCUUGUAGCAGAGUCAAGGCCUCAGAUACCCAGCCAGCUGGCAUUCCAGGUGUUUGCCAUCCUGUCUAUCCAUACUCCUUCAACUGAGCUGGAGGGAGCUAUGAGUUUGGAGGGGGUGGGGGCAGGAUUAGGCACCAGCAAAGCCCAUUCUUCCCCCUUGUCUCCCACAACUGUGGGACUUUCCCUGUUUACACUCUGAGGUGAUUGCACAUGAAUCUGACCACAUAUGUGUGAUGUAUGCACGCAUUCAUGGCUGAAAACAUGAGUGCGACUUACUGCAACCAUUUGUGCUUGUGGUUGCACAUGUGCACGUACAUUUGUUGGUACGCAGAUGUUACACAUAUGCACACGUGCAUCAUCUGUGCUUGUGCAGGCAUCUCUCUUCAGAUGUGAUUCUGUGUCAUUCACGCAGCUGUGUCUGCAUUCACACACGCGUCAUGUACGUGUGUGACUGCUCAUUCGGUAUCUGAGCACAGCCGCCAGGGCAAACUCACCAGCUGGGAGGAACACACUCAAACCUCUGGUAUCAGUGAGUGUCUGCUGUUUCGAAGCUCUCGGUGCAGAUACUCAACAAUCGCUGCUGUUUGGUUGACUUGUGGCAGCUUUUUAACACUGUCCCUUUUUAAAUGCAUUGGUUGGAAUAAAAGGAUGUGUCUGUUUCUA